AUGGGGAAGGGCAUCUUAACGAAGAGAGAAUGGGAGACGUCGCCAGAGACGAUUUCGCAAAAUCCGGGGCAUGCGAGGCCUCCUCGUUUAUUGUUACAGACGUCGCGACGCAGCUUCACCGUCAUCGGCGUUCUCCACCUGCUCGUCCUGGUCGGCCUCUUCGCCCUCGGCACGGCCGAGGCACGGACUUUCUGCCCGAACGGCUGCACCUGCGACGACGACACCCUGGUGGUCUCCUGCGUGGGCGCCAAUCUGGACGUAAUACCUAUCGCGCUGAAUCCCAGCAUCCAGCGGAUAGUGCUGAAGGAGAAUCGCAUCAAGAUCGUGGACGCAGCAGCCUUCCAGUUCUACGGCGAUCUGAAAAACGUCGACCUCUCCAGCAACCACCUGUUCACCAUACCCAACGGCAGUUUCGAUGCCCAACGACACCUUGUGGAGCUCCACCUCAAGCACAACAAGAUCUCGGCGCUGACCGAGAAGACGUUCCAAGGCCUCAAGUCCCUCACGGUGUUGAAUCUGCGGGACAACUACUUGGAGACGCUGAAGAACGGCCUAUUCGCCUAUCUGUCCAAGCUCGAGGAGCUCGAUCUGGGCCAGAAUCGCAUAUCGAAGGUGGAGCCAGGCGCGUUUCAGAAGUUAGGCACCCUCCGGGUGCUGUAUCUCGACGACAACCAGCUGCGAACCAUUCCGUCGCCAGCUCUGGCGCCGCUGAACGCUCUCGCCGAGCUGCACAUCGGCUGGAACGCCUUCUCCUCGUUGCCGGACGACGCGUUCAAGGGUCUCGAGCAACUGGCGGUGCUGGACAUCAUGGGCGCCGGACUGGACAACAUCAGCGACGGGGCGUUUCGCGGUCUAAACGCCCUUCGCACCUUGAAACUGGGCGCUAACAAGCUGCGCGAAGUGCCGACGAAGCAGCUGGCGGUGCUGCCGCGUCUGGAGGAGCUCACCCUGGGCCAGAACUUCUUCACGAUCUUGCGAUCGGGAGCCUUUCAGGGUCUGUCGACGUUGAAGAAGCUCGACGUGUCCGGCGCCAAGCUGCUUACUACCGUGGAAAAGGGGGCCUUCUCGGAUAACGCCAAUCUGGAGACUCUCGUGUUGAAUAGUAAUAAACGGCUGGCUACCAUGGAGGACGGUUCUCUGGCCGGCUUGCCGAACUUGAGGCAUCUGAUGCUGCGCGACAACGCCUUCGUCACGUUCUCGGAGUCGUUGGUCGCUUGGAACGAACUGCGCCGGUUGGAUCUCAGCGAGAAUCCGCUGGUGUGCGAUUGCAAUCAGCUCUGGCUGGCCGAGAUACUCGUCCCGAGGAACUCGAGCCCGGUGAUAUGCGCCGAGCCGCCCGAGUCCAAGGGCAAGCCCAUCAAGGGCAUGUCCGCCGACGAGUUGGGCUGCGCAUUCUCGGAUCCGCGCAAGCAGGCUCUGCUAGCGACGGUGUGCGCCGCCGGAUUAGCCCUCUUCACCGGCCUCGCGCUGCUCCUGUACUACCGAUGUCGUAGACGCGUGCGAGACGCGCUCAAGGACUACAAGUGGAAGAACCGCGCGAUAUCGCGGAAAGAGCACGAGUACCAGAAGACCUUCAGCGACGACGAGUACAUCGUCCGCUCGGCUCACGCCCAUCAUCAUCACCAUCACCAUCAGACACCGCAGUCCCAGCCGGUGCCGACGCAUCAUCAUCACCAUCACCUCCAGCAGCUGCAACAGCAGCAACAGCAGCAGCAGCAGCAGCAGCAGCACGGACAAAUAGCGGCCGGUAUCAAGCCAAUACCGGUGACGGAGCUGUAG